AUGGGCCUGUUCUCAACCUUGCGGCGCAACCAGACGCACCGGUCGCGCGUCUCUGUUUCCACCUUUUCCUCCUACGAGCACGUCGAGACGCCGCGCGAGUCUCCCUCGCUCCCGAACGAGGCUCCGACCCCGACCCCCAAACGCAGCACCAUGUUCCGCCGCAAAAAGCAGUCGGCGCCCCCCUCGUCGGCAACCGAGAACGGCCAUCUGGCUGUCCCGCCGCCCCGGAGCGCGGCCAGCGUCUCGGACAUAGGCGACGACGACGCACUCAGCCCGCCGCCCCCUCGGUCCGCCCUGUUCGGCGGCAGCACGCAGUCACUGCCCGACGCAGGGCACGGCCCUCGGCCCGGACUGCACGAGACGCUGAGCACGCCGGACGUGAAGCAGAAGAAGGGUUUAUUCUCCUGGGCGCGCUCGAACAAACAUGCGACCUCGCCCAAGCCGCCGCCCGUGCCGCCCAUGCCGGCCAGCGCGCCUCCCAGCUCGCGCAACCCGAAGCUGGCCAGCCCAGAGGACGAGCGCGGCGCAGAUGGAUUCAGUCUGCGCGCUUUCCGGCACGUUACUUCGACUUCGCCCGGCGCCUCGCCCGUCGAGCCACCUCCAAGGGCGCCCAGCGCGUUGAGCUCUUACACCGAUCUGCCGCCUCCGCGACCUCGACCACGUGGUACGAGUACAGCCAGCGAUGCGAGCCAGCGCGUCAGCGUCGCCGCCUUCCGCGAGAUGCAGGCCAGGCGAAGCGCGGCUGGCAGCCCGACGCCCAGCGCGAGCCCGCGUAUGCCCGCGAGGAGAGGCACUGCAGAGCCUGUUCCGCCGCUCGGCCGCAGCGAGCUAAGGCCACCCGUGCCGAGCGCUUACAGCACCACAUCAAUGUACUCUGCAUCAGGCUCGGCCUCGGGUUCCUCGCCCAAUAUUUCUCGGCAACAGAAGCCUCAACCGCAACCUCGGGGCUCUAUGUUUGAUCAGGCGAAUGAUACGUCUAGUGAGAGCGAGGACGAGGAAGAGGAGAGUGGCGAGGAUGAGCCGACGCUCAGGCCUACUAGACGAAAUACUAUCCGAGGGAAGGGUAGACAAGGGCAAGGGGAGUUGGGGGUCAGGAUGCAGCCGCCUAGGGCACCGGCGCUGCAGAACACUGGGAGGAGUGCGAGUGCCGGCUCUGUCUCUGCUUCACCUGCAAGAGGCGGCCGCAAUCCUAGCGGCGGACUGGGUAUGAGCAUCGCUGCCUCACGAUCACGAACGACGCUCGCCUCGUCCUCAGACUCGGACUCGGACGAUGAUGCGCCACUCGCGCAGUUUAUGAUACCACCGCGCUCGCGGGCCGGUUCUGCCGCAUCAGGGCGCUUCCCGAUGCCACCCAAACCUCUCGUUGAUCUUGGAGGGCUCAAGCCUCCCUCAUCCACAAGUCUCGUCAAUGUUGCUGAUGGGUCCAGCAAUUCGAACGCUGCCGGGAGGAUACCACCUGUACCCAGACGAACGCUUGACAUGUCUGAGCUCGAAUCCAGUUCGAGUGGGCAUGGGAUGAGCCGAGUCCCCCAACCGACACGCGCGGCUACACUUGGCGUGGAGAUCGGUGUCGACAGCGCAUUUUCACCGCCCUCGCCUGCUCUGGACAACCUCGCGGCGAGCCUGUCGCCCGCAGGAUCAGUCUCACCUCAAGCGCCGGGAUCGGGCGCUUCGCCAUCUAUGGGCGCCAAUCUAUCAUCAAGCACGACGACGACACCUUCUAUUCCGCCCACAAGCGCCGUCGGCACGAGCGCUUCUCCCGCCGCUGCCGCAUCGCCUAAUGCAUCGGCGGAGCCGCCGGCCCGCGGUCGUGCGAGGAGCGCGUCGCUUGGGCUGGGGCUUGCGGAGCGGUUGAGCCAGCUUACGGCGGGUCUUGGGCGGUCGCCGUCGCCGGGUCCGAAUCGUGCGGUGUCGCCUGGACCUAUACGUGGGAUGUCGCCUGGGCCUGGGCAAGCGGUAUCUCCAAAUCCAUCUGCGGGACUCGUGUCGCCCACACCGUCCACUGGGCUUGCGUCUCCGCCGCCCGUACCCGCACUGGAACCUGCACCGUCGAACAACUCAAUGUCUUCCGAUGGGCCCGGACAGACUACGUCUCGGCAUACCCGCAACGCUGCUGAUCACGAAGCGAGCCAUAGACCGAGUCCGAUGCUCAACCUUCCGCCUCCCAGGGAGAGCAGUCUCGCGCCCUUACCGAACACCGUCACUGCAAAGUUGGGCGUGAACAGCGCGAGCUCUACCCCUUCUGCGCCGGUAUACAGCGCUACCUCGUCGUUCAAGAACCGUACUGUCUCCAAUGGGAACGAGUCUGAUUCAGACGAGGAGAGCGACGAUGAGAAGGAGAAGGAGCUUUCGGCGUCGCCUGAACCGCCCAUCAUUCCCGUCCCGGUCAAAGAGCGUCCGCGCGGUCCUCCCUCGUUUGCUGUUACCUCGCGACCGGGCCAUGGACGGAGCUCGAGUGUUGGGACUGUCGGCUCUGGAUCCGGAUCCGUGGACUGGAAUGGGCACGGACACGGGAGGAGCGAGAGUCAGGCUACUGUCACUGUCGGUGGUGCUAGCAGUCCGACGCCGAGUACGGUCAGGAUGGUCGGUGCGACGAGGAGGGGUAAGGAGGAGGAGUUGCCUGCGCCCAGACCCAGCCCGGCGAGGAAGACGCCUACGAGGAGUAUGACGGCCGAGCAGCAGCGGUUACCGCCCGCCGGACCUAUCUCGCUACCCUCUUCAUCAUCCUCGUCGAUCCAGCUUAACAAAGUUGCGCCUUCGUCGUCGUCCUCUUCCGCGCAUACAAAGACUGCCCGACCGGCUCUACCAACGUCUUUCACCAAGUCCUCUGCGUCGUCGAUCUCCCAUUCGUCCUCGAUGGCUAAAUCACCCGUUUCGACCGUGUCGAGCUCAAGGUUCCACGACUCGAGCGUCAUCUCCAGUGCCGCGAGCAGUGCGACGGCCAGCACGUCCAGCGGGAGCACGGGUGCCAGUCCAUAUGGCGGGAUCCUCAAGAACUCUGCUACGCGCUCGCCGCAGAACACGAGCCAACCUCCGCGUCCGUGGGCGAGGGACGAUUCGCCGUCGAGCUCUACAGGUGGCUCGUCUAGCUCGCGCGCACCGGCUACACCGAGAGAUGGGAGCGAGCUUGGUGUUCCUAUGCAUGGGUCGUCGUUACUUGGUGGAGGACGGGCGAAGCAUAAGAGGCAGAGCGUUAGCUUUGGCGAUGCGGAGCAGGUUCGGGGGUUGGGGAUGGAGAGGGAGAAGAGCGGGCAGGAUGAGGAGGAGAGGAGGAGGAAGGAGCGGAGGAGGGGUGAGGCGAGGGCUGCUAUCGAGCUCGGCAACGUCAUGAAUGGUAAAGCCCCCGUCGCACAAGACGACGACGACGACGCGCCGCUCAACGCUGCCCCGCUCUUCCCGCACGCAACAGGUCCGGCGGGCAUGGGCAUGUACCCCGGCAUGCCAGGCAUGCAAGGUAUGCAGAUGCCCGGCAUGAUGCCGAACAUGACCGGGAUGCCGCCUAUGCCGCCCAUGCCGAAUGGCAUGAUGGGUAUGCAGGGUAUGCAGGGCAUGAACGGUAUGAUGGGGAUGCAAGACCCCAACAUGCUCGCCGCGCACCAACACGCCAUGCUCAUCGCCAAACAAACGUACCAGUGGGCCGUCGCGCAGCAGGCCAUGGCCGCCGCGGGCGACGAGUGGGAGCGGUCGGGCGGGAGCGUCGCGGGGUGGAAUCCGUCGAGUGCGAGCGCGUACGGCGGGGGCGCGGAGAGCGUCGUGGGCUUUCCCAGUAGCGCGAGUGUCGCGGGGUUCCCGGCGAGCGGGCGGGCGCCGAGUAUGUUUAUGGGCCAGGGGAUGGGUAUGGGCGGGCCGAUGGGGAUGGGGAUGAACCCUAUGAUGAUGGGCUCGGGAGGGAGCGUUGUGGGCGGGAUGGGAGGAGGGCCGUGGGGAUACAUGGGCUCGGCGCAGAGCAUGUACGCCGGCUCCACGUACGCGCCGUCUGAAGUCGGCGGACCGGCGCAACGCCCGAACUUCUCGAGCUCGAGGAGCGAGUAUGGAGGGGGCGAGCGGUCGAGCAGGGCGUUUGCGGGUGGGAGGCCGCCGCCGGUGCCUGCUAUGCCGAAUGGGAUGCAGCAGGGGCAGGGGCAGCGGGGCGGGCCGAGGCAGAGGACGUUGACGGCGCCUGGGGGGCAGAGCGCGCCGGGGGUCGGGGCGGGCGGUAAGGCGAAGAAGAGCGGGGGCGGGCCGACGUUGUUGGGACAUGUUGCGCCGCCGAGUAGUUGGAAGGGUCCGGCUUGA